AUGACAAUUUUACUAGAAGCUGCAAGUUGUCUACAGGGAUGGACUCUUAAUGAAAAUAGUUGCUAUCGCCUGUUUUCUACUAAGAAAAAUUGGGAUGAUGCUGAAACUGAUUGUGAAAAUGAAGACGGACAUCUGGUAUCCAUUUCGUCGAACAUUGAGAAUAGUUUUGUCUAUAGCUUGGCAAAAAAUGCAAAUAAAGACGUUUGGAUUGGAUUGAAUGACAAAACGGUGGAGAACUCGUUUGUAUGGAGUGAUGGUACGACUUGUUUAUACAGACAAUGGGAUGACAAUCAGCCCAACGGCGGAAACUCAGAAGAUUGUACGAAAAUGAAAAAAGGAAACGGCCAGUGGGUUGAUAAGAAAUGUUCUGACAAGGGUACCAAGUACUACUACGUUUGUGAAACUCCAACGCUGACCACCCAUUCUCCACUUCUUACUACUGCGUCAUCCAUGCAAUGCCAGUCAUGCUGGACUCGUAGUGGACUGAGUUGUUACCUACUUGUUACGGUGCCUAAAUCUUGGGAUGCAGCAAGGGCAGACUGCAUUAGUAAAGGAGGAAAUCUCACAUCCAUCACAUCAGUCGACGAAAACUCUUUUGUGUUAAGCUUGAGAGGAACAUUCACAGAUGACUUAAAGGACGCAUGGAUUGGUUUGCAUGAUCAAGUUGUUGAGAAUACGUUUGUAUGGAUAGACGGCACAAAUAGCACAUACACAAACUGGAAUACUAGAACCAAUGAACCCAAUAACGUUGGUGGUGCAGAUUGUGUAAGAAUAGCAUCUGAUGGAACGUGGAAAGAUCAGAAGUGCGGAGACUUGUAUCCAUACGUGUGUAAGUAUAAGCUCACGCCCCCUACAUAUACCACACAAAAUCCGACGACUUUGUCAGCUAUGACAUCAGCUACUACUUCGGUUGGAACAAGUGAGCUUGCAACACUAUGGAUCAUCCUACGACUAGAAGAACUACCGUGCCAUUGGAAAUUACAACACAAUUUACGUCAGCCUUAG